GGGAGACGGUCGCAGUAGAACGCCGUAGCGCGAGUCAGACAUGCGCGCUCGGCGCAGGGCGGCGCGCGGCAGUGAAAGAGCUCGAGGGCGAAACCCACGUUUUAGUCUGUCGCGUGUGUUGCUACGGCACAUAUAGUAUCACCUCGCCCUCGCCGCUGAGAGCUCUCGGUGCUUUGUGAUUUGUAGGUGAGAGAUGCCGUGAGAGGAGAGGAAGCGCACGCGAGAGUCGCGCGUGCAUUCACGAGAGAUCGUGCGCGAAUUCCAUGACAUCGUCCACCUCAUCGCAGGGCAUCGCGAGAUGAUGAUGAGGACGCGACGGGAUGUUGUCGCGCGACGUCGUCAAUCGUCACGGAUCACCGCGUAAACCUAAAUUCCGCUCGUAAAAUUCCCCCGUUCACGUCAUCACACGCGGAUCUCAGUUCGACGUGCGUCCCGACACAUCAGAUUUAAUCAGAACGUUUUCGACGAGAGAUACAGUUGCAACCUGCGCGGGUAAUCCGAAUUGCAAUUUAUAUAUAAUAUUCAUCUCGUUAUAGAAAUCUUCCGUACAGUUCGAUAUCGGCGAUAAAUCUCAUCGUUGAGAUCCACUCUCUCCCGAGACUAGCGAUUCGAUCUUACGAAAAAUAUCGCCGAUUCGUGCAAGGUUUAACGCAAAAAAAAAAAGGUGUAUACGCGAUCUUAUAUCAACGCUAUAUUCGAUUAGAAUAUGUCGCACAGGUCUUUGAAAAAGCACACGAGGGGAAAAGGUCGAGUACGCUGCGGCGACCGCACCGCUCCGAUGCCCGAGAGAUGACUAUACUACUGCCGAGAAAACGAUAAGCCUAUUAUCAGCCAGCUUUAAGUGACGCGAGAUUGAUCGCGUAAAAAUAACCAGCGCGCGGCACAAAAAAAGAAAGAAAAAAAACGUUGGCGGGAAUGCGCGCCAAGUACACUUUGCGACUGCGGCGGCGAUUAUAUCGGUGCACCCAUCGCACCUUUGCAGCGUAACUCGAGAUUGACUUCCGGUCGACCGGUAUGCGUCCCGCGUGGCCUCGCUACGCGUCGCGGAUCGAAAAUGCUCGCGGGUAUCAUCAUCGUUGUGUCGAGUGAUGACCAUUGGCGAGCGAGUUGUCCGUAACAAGAUCAGAUGAUGACGGAUUCCCCGACACCAUCGACCAGCAGACAUCACGACGAUAAAUGCGACAAGCCCGAGAAAAGCGAUAAGACGGUGUUCCUGCAAAUCCAGGACAUAAACAGCCAGGUAGCGCAAUUUCGGGAUUUACUCAUUAAUAUCGGACAACCGCGCGAUUGUCCGGAACUACGAGAGAAAAUACGAAGGCUACGUCGUAAUUGCGUGGAGGCUUGCAAGAGCACCUCUCAGCUGGUACUGCCGCAUGUGCAGAGCGCUAUGGACGUUGGAAUACCGGUGGACAGUCCAAAUUUAGUGCUAUUAUUUUACGUGGUACAACUAUUUCUACGCGAACUGCACAAGAGCAAGAAUCUUAUACGAAUCAUACCCAUGGAUAUGUCCGGAUAUUAUGAGAGCCGCGCUGGUCCCUCGUAUAUCGGCAAUGUGGUCUCGCAGAUCCUCCUAUGCAAACAGAUCAGGCCGGAUUUCAACGAGGAGGAGCUCUGCAGCAUCCGAAAGGACUCGGAAGAGAUCGGUCAGCUGAUAUCGGAGCUACAAGAAUUCAUGCCUCAAUCCGAAGCUGACACGGAGAAACCUGUGGCCCUUCAUAGCGUUGGAAACAAAAUCAAUCGGAACAAUGGAACACGAAGGAUGCACCGAUGGAGCAGCAACAGAGACCGACAAUCGUCCUAUUUCCGCAGCGGCUUUAGAUUUUUAUGCUGCGCCGCGAGCACUAAUUAUGUUUAACGUAUAAUUCGUUUUUAUUGAUUAAAAGAUCAUAUAUUUUCGAUUAUAUGUGAAAAUAAUUACUAUACACCGAUACUUUUGCAAUGAUUCCGAUUAUACAUCUCGUAAAAUAACGUUGACGUUAACGGCACUUCGCUUCGUAAACGUAUGAAAAAAAAGGUCCAUUUGUAAAGUACUCAUACUUCAAGUAUUCUGUAUAUAAUUAUGCAAUUAUUUAUUCCCGACAGAACUCAAAGUUGCGAUUCUCUCUUAUCAAAACUUUGAUAUAUCACGUCUUUAUUUUUAUCGUAAUUUUUGCUGGGUAAAACUUUUGAUAUUACGCGCGUUUAUUAAUCGUAAUCUUUCAAAAUUUUGCGAUCUCUUUCUUUAAUUCGUCAUUGAUAAACUCAUCUCUUUUAGAUCAUGAUUUAUAAAAAAUAGCAGAUAACGAUAAAAUGUCAACAAUAACGCCGGAAAAACACGUCGAGGCCUAAUCGAGGCCUAAACCUAUCCUACUUGAGAGAUAUCCUCGAAAUAAACUUCUAACAUAUAGCUGGUGACAAUCAAAGAGUAGGAGCUCGAGACUCCAAUGCCGAAAGUUAUUAGGAAGUCGCACCAUAAUGAACACGAGUUACGGACGGAUGAGCACGAGGAUAAAGAAAAGAGGGAAUUUCAGCUUCACUUUUUACACUUCUCAGCAAGAAUUCUAGUGGCACUUGAUACUCUUCCCAUUUUUUUGAACGCCCUUCUAUGCUCUUCUCAGAAUUCGCUGCCAUACUAAAUUUCCAAGUCGCGGAACAAAAGGCGCUCUAGUGCCAUAGGGAGGAGGGAGGAGAAGCCCUUUAUUCAAGUCCGCUAAAAUCCUUUAAUUAAUCCUACUACUAACAUUGUUCCAAAUCUCAUUUGAAUCUCCCUAAAUCAUAUUUCUUACGUUAAGUGCUAACGCGCCAAUUCUCCCAAUUUAUCCCAUUUAGAUCUUUCAACGCUUGUGUUAAUUUUAAUCAAAGAUUUCGACUCGAAAUACUCAUACUCGUAAUCAAAGUUAGUUAAUAUUAAUCAAAUCCAAAUCUUUAAAUUCUAUAUGAGAAAUCUAGACGCGAAUAUAUUACAUUCAAAUAUAUAGAAUCGUCAAAACAAUGUGUCUAUGUCAAGUCAAAGCGGUAGCGGUAUAUUGUGGAACAAUUAUGUCCUAGCAUAUUUACAAGUGAGUGGACCAACCUCGAUCUAUUUAUAAUGCGCGAUGGGCACACACGCAAUGUAGUCUUCUAGUAUGCGUGUUUCGCAUAUAUCAUAUAAUACAGGAUGUCCCAAAAUCACCGAAUGUUCCUCUAGUAGCAAAUUCUUUGGCUAAUUCGAAAACGAUUUUUUUUUAGCGAAAAUAUCGAGAUAUCAAUAAUUUUUGAAUUAUAAACGAUUAAAAAGAAAGGGCUUUUUACAAGCUAAAAUUUGUAAAAUUAAAAGAUUAAAAAAACUAUAUUUUUUAGUUAAUUUUAGUUGAAAUAAAAAGAAUUUUAAUAUUUGAGGCUUACGUGAGUUAAAGGUAUAUGAUGGGAAAACUUGCGAAAAAUGAUGACCUCCUUUGAUAUUUUCGCUAACGAAAAAUCGAUUCAAAAUUGGUCAGUCUGCUAUUAAAAGGACAUCUGAUCUUCUAUGCGUAGGGCAUCCUACAUAUAUAUAUAGAUACUAGAAAUUAUUUACAAAGCAAUACGUAGAUAUAGACACACACGCGCGCACAUAAUACACACAUACACACAUACAUGUAUACAGAAUGUACGCAAAACUUGAGUGUUGUGUAUACAUUCAUACAUUUCCCGCAUAUGAAAUAUAUACGACAGAAUAUACAAUCGUUACAUCGUGAUUUUAACUCUAAACAGUAUCGGCAUUAUUUGAUAAAAAUAAAACAUCGUAGAAAUCCUAUUAAGAUGUAAUGAUUAUUUUUAUCUCAAAAGAUUGAUGCGCUUUAAUUUUCGUAUUAUAAAUCCAGAUGUGACAUAAUGCAAACUUGGAAUAUUUUUGUAUAUUCACAUAAAUAAAGCAUUACCGUUUUGGAUUAACAACCAUACCUAUAUGAUAUUAGAUAUCACUAG